CUUCAGAGCCGUACGACCCUGCGGACUGUCCCGGCGAGGAGACAGCGGCUGCGGACGGAGCUGGGUGAAGGCGGCGUCCAGGAGUCUCGGCAGAGCCUGGGGCCAGAGGCGUCUGCCCCGGGCCGGGACACCUCGCCUGGGGGACUUGGGGAGAAUAAAAUUCAAUCAAGAAGAUAAAAUACACAUCCCAGUGCCUGCCUGACAUGUUCUUCCUCACUUGAACCCUGGGCCAGUUGGUGGUAUGCUGAAUGUAAGGUGGCUUCUCAGAAAACUCCCAUCUGGGGCCUGGAUUCUCUGGACACCCUGCGUGGGCAGGAUGUUCCCAUCUGCUUCCUAGUCCUGGAGUUCCAACUGGAGGAUCAGAUACCAGUUCCUGUAUAGUGUGAGUCACUUAAGAAGACCUCUGGCCUCCCUGGAGCGCAGGCCCUGAAAAACCUCCAGGCCUCUCCCAUGGAUCUUUGAUCGAGGUGGGCAGCCCUCCCAGCAGCCCCGGACAGCAGUCUGCGGCCGGCGGCAUGUGGCUGCGGCGCGUCUCCAGCACGGCGGUGACCGCGCUCCUGCUAGCGCAGACCGGCCUCCUGCUCUUCUUGGUCUCCCGGCCCAGACUGCCGCCCCCGGCGAGCGGCGAGGAGCGCGUGCACGUGCUGGUGCUGUCCUCGUGGCGCUCGGGCUCAUCCUUCGUGGGCCAGCUCUUCAGUCAGCACCCCGACGUCUUCUACCUGAUGGAGCCUGCGUGGCACGUGUGGGCCGCCCUGUCGCAGGGCAGCGCCCUGGCGCUCCACAUGGCGGUACGCGACCUGGUGCGUUCCGUCUUCCUCUGCGACAUGGACGUGUUCGACGCCUACCUGCCAUGGAGGCGCAACCUGUCGGACCUCUUCCAGUGGGCGGAGAGCCGGGCGCUGUGCUCGCCGCCCGCCUGCAGCGCCUUCCCGCGCGGCGCCAUCAGCAGCGAGGCGGUGUGCAAGCCGUUGUGCGCGCGGCGGCCGUUCGGCCUGGCGCAGGAGGCCUGCCGCUCCUACAGCCACGUGGUGCUCAAGGAGGUGCGCUUCUUCAACCUGGAGGUGCUCUACCCGCUGCUCAGCGACCCCGCGCUCCGCCUGCGCAUCGUGCACCUGGUGCGCGACCCGCGCGCCGUGCUGCGCUCGCGCGAGCAGACGGCCAAGGCGCUGGCGCGCGACAACGGCAUCGUGCUGGGCACCAACGGCAAGUGGGUGGAGGCCGACCCGGAGCUGCGCGUGGUGCGGGAGGUGUGCCGCAGCCACGUGCGCAUCGCCGAGGCGGCCAGGAGCAAGCCGCCGCCCGCCCUGCGCGGCCGCUACCGCCUGGUGCGCUUCGAGGACCUGGCGCGGGCGCCGCUGCCCGAGAUCCGAGAGCUGUACGCCUUCGCGGGCCUGAGCCUCACGCCGCAGCUCGAAGCCUGGAUCCACAACAUCACGCACGGCGUCGGGCCCGGCGCGCGCCGCGAGGCCUUCAAGACCACGUCGAGGGACGCGCUCAACGUCUCGCAGGCUUGGCGCCACGCCCUGCCCUUCGCCAAGAUCCGCCGUGUGCAGGAGCUGUGUGCUGGCGCGCUGCAGCUUCUGGGCUACCGGCCCGUGUUCUCCGAGGACGAGCAGCGCGACCUCAGCCUGGACCUGGUGCUGCCGCGCGGCCCGAGCAGCUUCAGCUGGGCCUCGUCCACUGCCGAGCGCCCCGGGCCGUAGCAUAGGCCCCCAGCUGGGGCUGGCAGUCACCAGGGCCAGGAGACCCACGCGUGGUGCCAAAGGGGCUGGGCAUGCGGUGGCCCAGAGUUUGGGAGGUCACACCUGUAGCAGGCCAGGACCAAGUUCCCAAACUAGUUUCUUUCUGCCCACUUCUCUUUCUUUCGAGUCCUCUUUAGGAGCUGAAUGGUUUCCCCCGGUGGCUCAGCAGUAAAGAAUCUGCCUGCAGUGCAGGAGACCCAGGUUUGAUCCCUGCGUCGGGAAGAUCCCCUGGAGGAGGGCAUGGCAACCCACUCCACCAUUCUUGCCUGGAGAAUCCUAUGGACAGAGGCGCCUGGUGGGCUGCAGUCCAUGGGGGCAAAGAAUCAGACGUGACUGAAGUGACUAAUCAACAGCACUUAGGAGCUGAAUUACCCACAGGAACACUCUUCAUAGAAAGCAGACUGGUUCCCCCACUUCUGGGCACAGGGAAUAAGUUCAGAUGACUUGGCUCCUUCUCCAGCACUUUCUUUCCUUCUCAGUCUCCCUCAGAAUGCAUCAUACUGCAGCUGAGAAGGUUGGUCCAGCCCUACCUGGGCCUGGAGGGAUAAUGUGGCCAGCUGGCCCCGGAAGUCAGUACAUCUCCCCCUCCACGGCACACGCCCCAGACUCUGUGAUGACUUGGCUCCUUCUGCAGCACUUUCUUUCCUUCUCAGUCUCCUUCAGGAUGCCUCAUCCUGCAGCUGAGAAGGCAGGCCCAGCCCUACCUGGGACUGGAGGGGUACUGUGGCCAGCUGGCCCCUGAAGUCAGUACAUCUCCCGCUCCAUGGCACCCCCCCCCCAGACUCUGUUCCCCCAAAUCCUCUGGCACCACGUGCCACCAAAGCCAAUGCUUUUAUAUUCAUCUGUAUUUUCAGCAAGAAAUCAGCCAAGUUUCUAUCUUGGGGUCUCCCCUUAGUCUCUCUCUGACCCAAUCUCCCAGGAGCCCACACGACCCCAUCACCUGCCUAAGUAAGGUGAACCUUUGAUUUGUCCUGAUGGGAAAGUUCCUAGUUACGGAAAUAAACAUAUUUAACCUGUGAUACAAACUAGAGUUUAUGGCCUGUAAAGUUGGAGAAGCAAAAUGCAAAAGUGAAGAGACUUGUCCAAAGCUACAGGAUGAAAAGGAAGAUGAAGAGAGAGAGGGAGGUUUGCUCUGGGACCAUAGUGGGGAGGAGAGGGGGCAUCAGGCCUGCAGAGACCUGUCUCCUGGACCAAGAAGGGUCAGAUUUUCCCAUCCUGUUUGCCCAAGGGCUCAGCAGUCGGCCGUAGCUAGGACCGCAGCUGCGAGGUGAGAUGUGGGAAGUGGUAAGCUCGGGGUUCAGAGUGCAGAAUCUAGGGAGCUUCCUGGAUAAGCCUGGAGGGAGGCAGUGAGCAGACAAAGUGGAGGGAAGGAAGGCUGGGCAGGCUCGGGCAGCAAGCCAGGCAGAGCGUGUGGCAGAGCAAGAGGCUGGCAGCAAGAUCAGUGCCUGGAGGGCAAGUCACGGGGUGGGUGUAACUAGAUAAAGCUUGCCAGGAGCUUGGAAGAAAAAAGGCUCUAGGGUGGCUGUCCUCCUGUGGUCCUUCUGUGCCAGGCCCUGGAGGAGAACAAAAUACAGUUCCUAGCUGCAAGCUACAGCACCCUGGCUCCACCAGCAGAGGGUCUUAUGAAACAGAGGCUGGAUUUUAAAAACGGAGGUGGGGGGUAGGCGAAAGGGGAGGAUAUGUAAGAGCUAGUCUUGAAUUCAGGAAGUAAAAGCCAACAAGUGCUCAAAAAAUGUUGAAAAUGAGGGAGAAGGGUCACAGAACCUCUGGGAAGGACAGGGGAGCAGAUUGGAGUCCACACAAAUAGAAUACCCGUUACAACGGAAUACAGAGCUGGUCUGCGGACUGACAGUUGCCACCAGAACACCUAAGCCUAUUCCCGCUGGGAGGGAGGGAGCUGCUCUCGCUGAGGCCAUCAGUCACCAGGAGGGAUUCUGGAGGUUGCUGGCUUCCCCUUCUCAGCCUGGUGGGACCUGGAUUGUAGACCCACGUCCUCACUGCAAAGCAGGCAGGUCAAGGGCAAUCUGGCACUUUCCAUUUCUUUCCUCGCAAGGAGCAGAUGGAUACUGACCUUGAAGCCGAAACUUCAGGAUGCCUCAGUUAAGGACCUGUCUAGCUGUAGAAACUUCAGGCCCUAUAAAGCUUCCAUCUGCCCCUUCUCACAAUAGAAGAAGGUAUUUAAAAUGCAGAAUUUAUUGAUGACUUAGGCUAGGGUCACAUGGCUUAAUAUAUGGGCUGGAACUCAAAAACUUACAUCUUUGACUUCGAUGCUUAUGGUUCUAGCAAGUAAACUGAGCUGGGGAUGCAGCAGAAGACUCCAUCACAGGCUUCAAAAGCCAUAUCAUUACCCAGAGGUGUGGGUCUCUCAGUGUCAAGGAGCUGUCCUGACAUUUUGGGGGUUUUUUUGUUUGUUUUCAGUUUUAUUGAGGAAGAAUUGACAUGCAUCAUUCUAUAAGUUUAAGGUGUACAGCGUGAUGGUUUGAUUUACCUAUAUUGGGAAAUGAUUACGGUACUAGGUUUAAUUAACAUCAGUCACCUCAGAUAGAUACAAUAAAAAGAGGAGAAAAACACAAUUUUAAAAUUUAUAAAUGUUAUGAGGGAAAUCUCUGGCUGUCUAGUGGUUGGGACUCUGCGCUCUCACUGCCAAGGGCCCAGGUUCAGUCCCUGAUGGGGGAAAUAGGAUCCUGCAAGCCACAUGGCGUGGCCAAAAAUAAAAUAAAAAUGUUCUAAGAGAUGGAGAUUUAAUGCCUCCACCUCUUCUCAUCUUCUCUCCAAAAUUUUAUUGUACUUUUAGUUACAUAAUUGACCUAUAGUGCUACAUAAGUUCCAGGUGCACAACAUAGUGGUUCGAUAUUUUUAAAUGUUACAAAAUGAUCGCCUCUGUCCUGGCAUUGAGCUGCAAACAUCUCAAGGUGGGCAGUGGGCUGGGGUAAUGGGGCCCCUGCCACCGGCCCCUUUCCUCGCCAUAUGUGGCCCCCCCACCCCAGGAUAGCCUCUGGGGAUAAAAGCAGACUCCUGGCCCCACCUGGAAGGAGCACAUGGUUAAGUGGAGGAGUCAGCCGGGAAAUCUGCAACGUGCUAUGUUUGGGCAAAGAAGGUCCAGCCAGAGGUUCAUGGUGCCAGAGGCUGACACGCAGUCACCGAUCCCUAGUGGGAUCCAGGAAGGCAUUUGGGUUGGGGCUCGGAGCCCAGCCUGAUCCUGGCAUCCACAAGUUUCGUUUGUCCCUGCCAGGGUCACAGGUUGUCUCGGAGACAGCUCAGUGAAUGGCUUUUGCUGUGUGACCCACUCCUUCUCACCUGUCUCCUGAGGUUCCAGGAUGCCAGUGACUGGCUCUCAGAUGUUGCUGCCUGCAUAUGGGCCUUCUGGACAAGUCUCUGCAAGAGCUGCAGGGCACAGCGGGUUUCCAGCAAGCCCCUAGGUGAACCCAGAUAAGGUUUCAGGACAAAGUGCCCAGUCCAGUGUUUUCAUGAGUUAGCCCUGGGUCAGGCCCUGGAACAGAAUAGUCAAAGCCUUUGCUCUGGUGGGGAGUGCAGAUGCUAAGUAAAAAGUCCUAUAAAUAAAUAUGCAACUAUUGAUUGUGCUCUAAGAAUAAAUAAUAAGAAUGGGUAAAGGGUGGCCUACUUUACUGUGGAGAGUCAGGAAAACAUUUUUGAAGAGAAAUUUUUAGUUCAAAUAAAGGAUGGAUAGGAGUUCAUUGAGCACAGGAUGAAGAGGCAGAGAGUGACUGAGGGAUUGGUCCCCUUGGAAUCAAGUUUCCAAAUAAAAUAGACAAAAUAAAAGACUCACUCCUGGGAAUCCAAGCUCGUGGUGGGAGAGGACCCCAGGAGAUGACUGAGUUUGUGUAUCUAUAGUAAAGAUUCCUAGAAAUAGAACUGCUGGAUCAAACAGCAUCCAUCUUUUAAAUGUGAAAAUGCCAAAUUACUCCAAAAAUGAAGUACCAACUUAUACUCUCUGGAAUGGUGUCAGGAAUGCCCUUGUCACCCUUUUCUACUGAACGCCCCCCAUCAUCUAUAAAGAGGUAAAUAAUUCUCAUUUUUACCUACCUAAUGGAAUAGUUGGGCUUUCCUCGUGGUUCAGAUGGUAAAGAAUCUGCCUCAAUGCAGGAGACCCAGGUUCAGUCCCUGAGUUGGGAAGAUCCCCUGGAGAAGGAAAUGGCAACUCACUCCAGUAUUCUUGCCUGGAGAAUUCCGUGGACAGAGGAGCCUGGUGGGCUAUAGUGCAUGGGUCACAAAGAGUCUGACACAACUAAAGCAAUACACAUUCACUGUUACAGUACUACUAGGAACAAUCUUGUCUGUAUCUCCUGGUACCAAUGCUGUAGGAUAUUUGCCUAGGAGCUAAAUAUGUAGAUCAUGAGUAUCUUCAUUCAACAUUAUUCCAGAUGGUUGUUAUCUAUUUAUGGGCUUCCCAGGUAGCUCAGUGGUAAAGAAUUUGCCUGCAAUGCAGCAGACAUGGGUUUGGUCCCUGGGUCAGGAAGAUCCUGACCCUGGAGUUUCCUCCUGGAAGAGGAGAUUGCAAUCCACUCCAGUACUCUUGCUUGGACAAUCCCAUAGACAGAGGAGUCUGGUGGGCUACAGUCCAUGAGGUCCCAAAGAGUUGACACAACUGAGCAUGCAUAUAUCUGUUUAUGCCUCCAUAGUUCCAGCUGCCCUACAACCUCAAUAACAAUCAGCAUUCUCAGACUUCAAAAUUUUUGGCUGUUGGGUGGUUGACAAGUGACAUCUCAUUGUGAUUCAUUUUGUGUUUCACUGAUUAAUGAGGUUAAGCAUCUUUUCCUAUUAAUAUUUUUGUUGGCCACUUGUAUUUCUCUAUCCAGGUCUUUUGUUUGUCAUUUUCUUAUUGAUUUUUAGAAGUACUUGAUAUGUUCUGAAUGCCACUCCUAUGUCAGUGAUUUGUAUUUCAGAUAUUGUCUCCCAGUUUGUGACUUGUCUUUAUAUUUUCUUUGUGAUAACCCUUGUAUAACACAAGACCUUAAAGUAAUUAAAUUUACCCAUUUUUCCUUUA